GAGUUCCUUGAAUCUUGUCAACAUGCAAUUUCUUUCUCUCUCUCUUUUUCUCAUUCCUUUAAUUUGGUCUCUCAUAUUUUUCUUCGUUAUAUGAGGAAGAUGAAAUUGUCUUAGAUGCACCAAGUUGAAGUUGGUGCAUUGUGCACUAAGCUAUUGAAUAGUGUAAGAGUGAUUUUGCGUUAAGGUGCAGGAUGCAGAUUUAUACCAUUGGAUUACCUUGAUGCAUGAUCUACCAAGUUCAAUGCAUCGUAGCAUGUUCUCUUUAUGGAAAUCGUGUAACAGGUUCAAUCCCAAAGGAACUAGGAAAUAUAACAACUCUCAAAAGUUUGAUAAUCCAAGGUUGCCGCUUCAGUGGUCCAAUUCCUUCAGAAAUUUCACUUAUGAAGAACCUUAGUGACUUGAGAAUUAGUGACUUGAAUGGAUCCGAUUCACCUUUUUCCCCAACUUGAUAAAAUAACAAAUUUGCAAACACUCAGUACUAUUUCACUCUGAGUCAAUUUCUUUGCAAAGAAAAUUUUUCAGCUAUUUAAAUUAAGAAGUGAUAAUCGUGCCUCGUUGCUUUUGUAAUAUUGGAGAACGGAGAAUUAGUAUUGUAUGUCAGAAUGUUGAGGAGUUGGCGAGUUGCAAUAUUAUUGGAGCAUUGCUGAAAAUCUUGGGAGGGUUAAGAGUCAAAUUCAUCUUUAAAAGAUAAGAUAUUUUUUAAAUUUGUUUUUUAAAGAUUUUUUUUAAUCAAAUUAGUUCAUCAAAGAUUACAAAU